AUAAGGAAUACAUGGUCCACUGGAUUGGUUAACAAGUCAAAUGCCCGGAUGAAUUUCUAUGUUUUCACGGAAUCUUUCAUUCUUUUUAGAGAGCAUGAUAAAACUGAAAUUAUGUUGUAGAUAGUGUUUUGGUUAUUCCAAAGAUAAGUUAAUCACAGUUACAGACAUCAUGGUUAGAAAAGAGGAUUUAUGUGAAUGGUUUAAAAACCUUCGUCCUUGUAAAAGACUAGAUUAUAUGUGUGGCCUCUUACAUAUGUGCCUCCCUACAGAAUUGCGGUUUAUUGGUACUGUAAUUGAAGACUUAGCAAAAAAAGAUUACCACUCUCUUCGUGAUGCUGAAAUAAAGGCUAAUCAGCAGGCAGAACUAUCCACCUUAGCUUCAAAUGUUUUAUCAGAUUAUAGAUUAAGGACUAAAAUUAUAAUGGCUUUAGCACUUCUGAAUUCUACUAACUCAUCCUGUGCCAAAAUAAUAUUCGACAUUUUAGAAAAACAAUGUCAAAUUGAUGAGCAAAUUUCAAACAUCAUCAUAAAUGAACAAAUUUCUGAUGAGAUUCUUUUAAUUUUGACAAUGGCAGUACACCAUCCUGCAUUUAAAAUUAGUCAGAAAUUAAAACUUGGUGAAAUUCUAGAAAAAGUUGAAAGAUUAGUUAAAGAAAGGAAUAUACACAGCAAUAUCAAUGGGGGUAUGGAAGAGCCAGAUUUGAUAUUGCCAUCACAGUCUGAACCAACUAGCAGUCAUGCUGUCUCUCAUAGUGAUAGUCAGUCAAGCGGAGCUGAUUCCCAGAAGAAGGUCUCAGUUGUCUCUAUUGAAAUCAUUGAUUAUAAAGAUCUCCCUUACAACAAGAAAAAUGAAAAAAGUAUAAAAGGAUAUCAGAUACAUUCAAACUGGUCGAAUGGAGAAAUUAGGGAAGUUUUUAUGAAACCAAAAGCACUACAUGAUUUACAUUUAAAGUUUGUAGGUCAACUGCCAGAUGAGAAAAAGAGAAGAAAACAUAUACCAUUUUUUCCAGCUAGAGGCAAAGAUGAAUCUGCAGAAAAACAUAGAGAGACUUACAAUGAAUAUCUAAGCAAAAUGGCCAAAGUAUUAACCCAAUUUCCAGACUGUGAUGUGUUUACAGAACCUUUUAGAAGUGGAACUUUAGUUAAUCGACCACCUGUGUUAUCUGAUAGACCAAGAUCUGUGCAAUCAGUAGAAUUCAUGAGACACAAUUCUCUAAGACUCAGCAACAGUUCUUCCCCAGUCCAGAGCUCACCAGGGCCCUCGCAGAUGUCCUCCUCUACCACCUCCCCAGCCAACUCAAGAACCUCUUCACCCACUUCUCCCCUACCCAGUGCACAAAACAGACACUUGAUGAAUGUGAAAGGCUCCUCUGUGGGCACUCACCUCGUGGGACAAGCCCAGACGUUUGGACCAUCUCACAUUGAGCUUUCAUUGUAUCAACUUUUAGUUUUGCUCAAUUUGGAAAAGUAUUUUGAAAAUCUGAAAGAGUUUUCGGUUAAGCAGGUUAUGUUUAUGAGCCCAGAAGAUUUUAUCAAGUCAGGUUUACCAGCUGAAGCUCAUGAAAGGCUUAGGAAAAAACUGGAAAAGUUAAAACUGACCUUGUAUUCCAAUGGUAUAAGUGACCCCCUUGGUAGAGUGCCCUCAGCAGAAUCUACUCCCACAUAUCUUUCUUUUUAUCCAUUUAUGAGCCAAACCUAUUCACAGUUUCCACAUCCUCCAGAAUUUUCUCAAUUUGGCACAGUUAUUCAGCCGCCGCCGCCACCACCACCUGUACAGCCUUCUGCUGGUUCAAGCUCGCCAAUAAAUAACGAUAUUUCUAGCCCGCCUUCCAGUCCUUUGCCGUCAGCUGAUCAAGCAGCUCCCCAUCAUGUUGUUCAGAACAGUUUAUUGCCAGUGAUGUCUCCUCCUUCUGCAGUAGUUUCAGCUAUUGCAGAUAUAAAAACCAAGCAGGCCUGGUCUCACACAGUGGAUGCCUCUGGAUCAGAGGAUGAUAGAGUGUCCAACCUAAUGGUAACUAACAAAGUGAAAGGAAGAGGUCGACCGCAACAUUCUCAGUCACUUCCCCAAAUAAGCCAGUCAACUCAGUCAGUUGAAGAGUCUAAGAUGUCUACCAUGUCCAACUCUGUAUCAGUACCGCACACGCAUCCUGCUUUGAUCAAUGUUGAGCCAAGGACUGAUGCACAUCCUUUUUUGGUCCCUCUUUCUAUAGUCAAUGGUUAUGCAUCGGACCCACCUCCACAGCCUCUACAGGGACCACCCCCUACUUUAGCAAGGAACUAUUAUCGUCCUAGUUAUAAAACGCCACAGCCAACACAUACUGGUCAAAAGAAUCUGAUUCCAAUGCCAGUGACUUAUGACAUGCAGCAAUCUUCUCAGGGCUCAGGCAAAAGCAACGGAAUUCACAUUCAACAUUUCAUGCCCGCAUCCGCCAAUCCUUCAAAUCAAAUUUUACUGCAAAAUCCUUCAAAUAACACUCUUCCAUUGGGUUCACAGCCACCUCCACCAUCAUUGCCAGAAGGAUAUCAUCAAUUGUAUUAUUUUCCUGGAUCACGAAUGGUGAACCCUUCAUCUAUAAACACUCCUCAGGGUCUUUUGAGUGGGGCCCCGCUCAGUCAUGUUCCAGCUCCAUUGGCACCAAAUGCAAGCCCUGAGCAAACAACUUCAGUCUUGACAAACACAGACAUGGUAGAGUCAAAUAGGUCUGAUGGGGCUCUUUUAAACCCACCCAGUCACACCCCACCCCACCACAAUCUAACAAAGUCACAGAAUAAUGCCAGUGGACCUGACUCUGGGACACCAAGCCCUCCUCUCGGACCUGUUCCACCUAAGCAGCCUGAGCCGCCAACAGCAGGAAGAAGUGUGAUUAUUUACAAUGGAUUGGUGGCUCCAUAUUUAUUUCCACAGCAGUCUUUGCCGAAUGGUAUACCACAUGACAUGCUCUGGCCAAUAAGAUAUGGUAAUCCUUUAUUACCUAAUCAUAUACCCUUCAUGUAUGGCAACACUAUAUUCCCAAAUCAUGGUCCAACCAUUACACAAACUGCUAAUAGCAAUUCUACACCUCAAGUUGUUAUUCCUAAUCCAGUUCCAGCAGAGCCUGCACCUGUCAUUGCUGGUAAAAGUAUAUGCUAUAACUGUGGCCAAGCAGGACAUGACCCUUCUAAAUGUGAAGAGAAUACUAUGGAAAAUAUGUCAAAAACAUAUCGUUUGAAUUACAAACCCAAGUCAGACUCGGAGUGAAGUAUUGCUAGCUAGCUGUUUUUUUCAAGGGCUUUCUACUAGACCAGGCUUGUAUUCACCAUGGCCUUUUUUUUUUUUAUGGUGUCCUUCCUAUCAGUUAAUAUAUAUCUCUAUAUAUAACAUGUGAUAGACUGUGCUCAAGAAUACACUUUUGUACCAGGACCUUUAGAAAGUAGCAAAGGAUUAAACAUUUGGUGUUGUUAUACAACACUGCAAUGCUGAUUAGCUAAGAAACUGUAUUAAUAAUAUUUUACAACAAAAUGCAAGAUAUUUUAAUAUUGCCUGUGACCUUUUAAAGAAAAGAACAUUCAAAUUGUUUGAAAAGAGUAGAUAUUUCUUAAUUUAAGUAUUUCUCCUAAGUAGUAAACUAACAUCGCUAGUGAAACAAAGGAUUGCUUCUAGAGAAUCUCUGGGCUUAUUUAAAAGCACACCUAAUUUUAGCCAUUGAUUUAAACAAAAAUGAGUAAAUGAAAAAAAAAUUACUUUGAGAAAAGAAAGAUAUUUCAUGUGUGAUUUUGUUUGCAAUGAUACUUUUGUUGAUUUCUGUAUAUAAUCCAAUUGUAAUUAGUUGACUUUGUUUUAUUGACAUUGCAGUGAUGUUCCCUGUAUUUGUAUAUGUGUACUGUUUAAAAAAAAAAGUGUUUAUGACAUUUAAAGAAAUGCAAACUUUUCUUUGAUAAGCAGGCUUUUAAAAUUAUUUCGAUUGCAACAAAAAAAAAAAAAAUUAAAAAAAAUCUAUAUAAAUAUAUAAAAGGGUCUCAGUUUUUAACAUAAUGCUUCAAAAAUAUCUAUAGCUCAUACCGAAAUAGCCAUAGCAUUCUGGGAUCUGUGGCUUCAUAUUAGAUCAAAUAACAAACCACAAGCAACCUUUGAAUAUCUGUUAUAGUUGUCCAUUUUGUGAAUGCAUAGUGUGAGUUAUUGAACCAUAUAUAUCCCAUGAUAAGCUCUUCCCGGUAAUCAACUUGAGAUGUUAUUUAAAUUUUUUUCCACCUCAUUUCUUGCCUGGAGUUAAUACUCUUGAAUGAGAGGUCUUGAGUUUUAAAGAUGAUUAGGGUCUAGUUUGUGGAGAACUUUGUUUUAGUUCCAGAACAGUAAUCUGACAACAUAAUCAAAACCUGUUUUGAUAAUAGAAGCAGGUUAUGUGUGGGCCUAAAUUAUUUAAUAUUUUCUUUCAGUUUUACUUUUCACUAUAACAUAAAAGAUUUUUUUUUUUUCAUUUUUGGUAAUUGGUAUUGAAAAUAUGUUGACACCUCAAAAUAUAGGACUACUGUAUUUACAUCUUCAUAUUUCAUUUUUAUUUGAUAGUGCUAGUCAGUGUAGAGAAGAUCUAGUUGGUGUGUUGUAUUUUUAACCUAGGUCAAGACAAAUGGGAGUGCUGAAUGCAUAAUAGAAAUGUGACUACUCUCAUAUUCAUAUGGAUUAACACUAGUCUUAUAGACACUAUUGAAUAGGACACGCAUUGAACAUAUAAUGCUUAUAUUUUGUUAAGUGAUAUUAAUACACAUCCUUAUUGUGCAUGCUAAGAGCUGGAGUUUUGCAACAUUGGAUUAAGUCAACAACACUUAUAUAUGUUGUCUUGUGAGAAUAAAGUCCUAUAGUGUUCCUAGUCUCUGUUUUGGAAGCCAUUCAGAAUGUACCUAUUUAUUGUUCUUGAGAUGCUCCUUCAGUUGUGUUCUAAGUGAUGGCAGUGGAAAUGUUUGUUCCAAUUUGUUCCUAUCUUAUUCUCUUGGCAUUGUAAACUAAGCAACUAAGACAUUCAAAUAGAUAUUUUGUUUUGUCCAUGAGAUUGAACUGUCUCUGUGACAAGAAUGGCACUGCUGUUGGGCUCUCUGCCACUAAUGGAAGUUCCAACAGAAAAUAAGCAAUUGUUGACCCCCCAACAUAUUUGUUGGCCUGUACAAAGCUGUUGUAUUAUGCAGUCCUUGAUUGUGCAUGUUCUCUCUGAUCUGUAUCAUAAUAUGUCAUGCUCCAGUGAUUUCAUUCAUUCAACUUGUUUACUUUGUAUUUUGUUAUAUUUUGUGAUCUUAUUUAAUUUUUUUUUUAAUGCCCAUUAUUCAAUUUUAUACCAUCCAAAAAAAAAAAGCACACACACACUACCCAUUCCCCAGUUAAUUCUCUUGUUUGAUCUGGGCCAGAGAAAUAACUUUGCUAAAUGGAUUCAAUUAACACUGGGUUGCUAAGUACAAACUAGUAUAAUAAAGAUAUUUUUGAUGCACCAUUAUAAUUCAUUUGUUUUUAUUCAUAUCAAAGAUAAAGCCUAUUUAUUAGUUCUACAUUCACAUUGUUCAUUGCCAAGUUCCAAUCUUCACAGAGUAUUAUAAAGUUAUUUUAUUAACAGUGUUAUGGUUCUAUCCAGGUUGCAAACUGAAUCAUUUUGCUUGUAAAUAACACUUUUUAUUGCAUUGUCCUUAAACUAAUGAGUUUUUUAAUGCAUUUUAAAACAUUUAAGAAUAUAGAAAAAAAAAUUAUUAAUGCCACUGUAUAAAAUUUAGAAACAAAAUUGAAUUGCAUAUUUUAUCAUUGAGUUGGGUGAAUGUUGAGGUCAAAGAAGAAGAUUUAUGUUAAUUGUUAAGAUUGAAAACAUUAACAAAUUGAGCCUGUAAUACAGGUGACAUGUCAGUAACUUGUCAUGUAAAUAUCAUGGUUACAAUUUGAUGACUUGUUUCAAUAUUCUUAUGUUUACUGCUGUGUGAGUUUUGUGAAUAUGAAAUAAUUACUUUGUUCAUUGUAUGUAUAUAUUGAGGUAAUAAACAUUUUUCAGAAUA